GGAAGUUGUACCCGGGGGUUGUACAAGGAAAUGAUUCAGAUUGUACAUGGGGAGUCACCCGUGACGUCAUCAAUUAUUUUAGUCGCCCUCGUUUCCAAAUGAAAACCGACCAAUGAUCCACCUCAAAACUGGUCACGUGAUGGCUUAGUUGUAAAAGGGCCAAGGGUAUUUACAAAACAGACACGAAUUAUCACCAUUUCAAAGUGGAUUUUAACAUAUUUGUGAGUAUCAGAAGUGAAAGCAACUGACACAUAGUGAAUCACAAUGGAGCAGAACGAAAACCAAAAUAUUGCUUCACAAUUAUGUCGAAUGGGAUGUGGGUUUUUCGGAAACCAACAAUUUGAAGGCAUGUGCUCUAAAUGCUACAAAGAUCAUGUGAAGCGCAAGAAUCAGACUCAAAGCAGUACAUCCUCAGUCAGUAGUGGCCGCCACAGCCCAGUUAGUUCAUCAGUAUCCAGCUCCUCAGUAACACUGAGUCAAGCUAAGGCUAUAGUAUCAGCUGCUAGUACCAUGGCAACUACUAGUGUACCCACGACAACCCCCAGUGUUGACACGGCAACCCCCACAGUGCCUAGUGUUAACCUUAGCGCAUCAACCAAGGAUAAAGAUUCAAGCUCUGAAGAAGGUGCCACUGGUGGAGCCGAGGUUAAAACUCCCAUAAAAAAUAGCGAGCCUGAUACAAGUUCUGAUGAACGUGAUGGUAAAAGGCCAACAAAGAUAAAAAAUCGCUGUACAUCAUGCAAGAAGAAAGUAGGAUUAACAGGCUUCCCUUGCCGUUGUGGAGGCCUUUUCUGCAGCUUGCAUCGCUAUUCCGACAAACACGACUGCCAGUUCAACUAUAAGGAACUGGCCCAAGAGGAAAUCAGAAAGAACAACCCAGUUGUUGUUGGCCAAAAAAUCAUGAAGAUUUAACCCAUCUUUGACAUAGGAAAUUAACGCAAUGAAAAAACUAUGGAGACAAUUAAGUAUGGAUUAUUUGAGAGAAUUUUCUGGUGUGGUUGAGGUAUGAAAAAGAACACUUUUAUGAAAAAGUGGGGUAGCGCAAGAUGAUUUAUGAACUCGGAAAUUGACAAUUUUUGCUUUCUGAGUGAUUUGGAUGUUGACACCAAAUGUAUGAUUAUCAUAUUACGUGUAAAUGCUUUGUUUAUUGAUUAGAGUAGUUAUAUAUGUCACUGGGGAGUUUUUAUUUAUCAUUUUCAUUAGUUAUCCUUGUAUUAUGUGUUUUGUUAAUGGAAGUAGUUACCCAUGGUUCAUUGAUGUUUUC